UCUUUCUCUCGGGCCCGUGGUGCCGGCAAGAUGGGUAAGUGUUGUGGUCUCUGUACUGCCCGGAAGCUCCGCAGUCACCGACAGGACCAGAAGUGGCAGGAUAAACAGUACAAGAAAGCCCACUUGGGCACAGCCCUGAAGGCCAAUCCGUUUGGGGGUGCCUUUCACGCAAAGGGAAUUGUGCUGGAAAAAGUAGGGGUUGAAGCCAAACAGCCAAAUUCUGCCAUCCGGAAGUGUGUCAGGGUGCACCUCAUUAAGAACGGCAAGAAGAUCACAGCCUUCGUGCCCAAUGACGGUUGCUUGAACUUCAUUGAGGAAAAUGAUGAAGUUCUGGUUGCUGGAUUUGGUCGCAAAGGCCAUGCCGUGGGUGAUAUUCCUGGAGUCCGCUUUAAGGUGGUUAAAGUAGCCAAUGUGUCUCUUUUGGCUCUGUACAAAGGCAAGAAGGAAAGACCAAGAUCAUAAAAUUUUGACAAUGAAAACAGAAUAAUAAAUUUUCAUAUCCAGAAAAAAAUAAUAAA